GGGGAUCAUGAUCCUGAGUUCCUGGAGUUCCCUGUAAGGGUGAAGGAAAUUGAGGUGACGAAAGUUAGAGACGUCAAUCGAAUCUCCUAUGUGGAGGAGAUACAAGUAUUUUAGAAAACAAGUGAUGCGAGUGAAUAUAUGGUAGUGGAUACACCACAGCCUGUAGUAAACGCCGAGCUCAGCAUGACCUUGGGGAAGCUUUGGCGGUCAGUAGAGAUAACGGAAUGUACAUAUGUAAUGGGGGAUAUAAUACAUAUUUGCGUGCGUAAUGUGCCUGCAUAGAACAUGUUUGGUGCCAGACAAAAGAUACCCCGUGUGUUAAAAAGGUGGAUUUUGUUGCGUUCAUUGAUACAGUUAUAAACUGUACAGCACAAGUCUCAAAGAAGUUGAAGAAACUGGACAUUAUUGUGGCUGCUGCAGAAAAGUUUUUGGGACUCAAGGAUUUUACAUCUGAAGACUUGCAAGGGGUACUGGCGCCGGAAGACCCGCAGUCCCAGGUUCCCCUUAUCCGAUCGGUUAUAUUUAUUUAUUUUGUUUGUUUAUUUAUUGGUCGUUUUUUGGUAGUUACGUUUUUUGGGGGAAUCCUGUCUGCAUCCUGCAUAGUAGGUGGCAGGAUGCACAUGAAAUUGGGUGAUCGCCAAUAUACCAUAGAAGAAGCCCCACCAAUCACACAAUUUAUGUUGCAGGCAGAUUUUGCAAGACACAUCUGCUGUUCAAGGGUGUUAGGCUACUGUACGUAAUUUGUUCGGCAACACUAUCAACGUGCGAUAGAUGGGCUUUCCAUUCCAAGGUAAUCAUGUGCAACGCAUGGAUUUUUCAAAACGCAGACGCAACGUGUCUAGACCCUCUUGAACGAGCCCUCUGAUCACGUGGUUUCUAGAGCGUCAACCAACAUGGCGACUUCCAGUGAGAGUUCUGAAAGUACUUUGAGAAAAAGACGCGUCGAAACAUUUAAAACAACGACACAUUCAGAUGACGACGACCAAAAGAAUGAAGAGGACACUUGCAAAGCAAAAAAUAAAGAAUUGGUUACAUUGCAAACCGGGACUUACUGGCUCACUCGAAUUGUGCUUCUACGUUCCAUUGCUUUCAUCUACUUCAUUGCAUUCACUGUUGCCUACAACCAGAACAAACAGCUGAUAGGAGAGCGAGGCCUCUUGCCCUGUAAGGAUUACCUUCUCAGUGUGAAGCGCUAUGUGGGGGGGAAGAUCGAUAUGUCUGCCUUCGCCUACACUCCCUCUAUCCUGUGGUUCCUGGACUGGACGGACAUGGAUGCCAACCUGGAUGGCAUUGCCCUGGUGGGGAUGGUGUUGUCAGGCUUUGUGUUGCUGACUGGCACUGCCAACAUGAUCAUCAUGGCCAUGCUGUGGGUGCUCUACCACUCUCUGGUCAGCGUGGGGCAGAUCUGGUAUUCGUUUGGUUGGGAGAGUCAAUUGUUGGAGACAGGCUUCUUGGGGAUCUUCCUGUGUCCUGUGUGGAGUCUGUCCCAGGUGCCCCCCCGCUGCCCCCCCUCGCUGAUUUCCAUCUGGACCUUCCGCUGGCUCAUCGUCCGGAUCAUGCUGGGCGCCGGGCUGAUCAAGAUCAGAGGGGACCGCUGCUGGAGGGACCUUACGUGCAUGGACUACCACUACGAGACUCAGCCGGUGCCAAACCCCAUGUCAUACUAUAUGCACCAAUCCCCAUGGUGGUUCCAUCGCUUCGAGGUUCUGUCCAAUCACUUCAUCGAGCUCAUCGUCCCUCUCUUCACCUUCCUGGGGCGACGCAUGUGCAUGGUCAACGGGACGCUGCAGAUAGUCUUCCAGGUGACUCUGAUAGUGAGUGGGAACCUGAGCUUCCUCAACUGGCUGACCAUAGUUCCCAGUCUGGCCUGUUUUGACGAUGCAUCUAUGGGGUUCCUGUUCUCGUCUGGCCGAGGGGCCAAGCAAGCUGUACUGGACCUCCAGGCUGAGGAGGCUGCAGGACGGACCCCCAAACCCACCAGGGGUAUGCUUAUUCGUCGAGUGGUGAAUGUGGCUCUGGGCAUUCUGAUUGGCUACCUGAGUUUUCCUGUGGUGCUGAACCUGCUGAGCUCCAAACAGGUGAUGAACACGUCGUUCGACCCACUCCGCAUCGUCAACACCUACGGGGCCUUCGGCAGUAUCACUAAGGAGCGGACUGAGGUGAUUCUGCAGGGUACUCUGAAUGCGGACCCUAAGGACCCAGAGGCUGUGUGGGAGGAGUACCAGUUCCUUUGUAAGCCAGGGGACCUGACCCGACGCCCAUGCCUCAUCUCCCCCUACCACUACAGGCUCGACUGGCUCAUGUGGUUCGCCGCCUUCCAGACCUAUGAGCAGAGUGAGUGGGUGAUCCACAUAGCAGGCAGACUGUUGGCCAACGACACAUCAGUCCUUUCACUGAUGGAAUACAACCCGUUCCAGGGCAGAGACAACCCCAGGUGGGUCCGAGGAGAACACUUCAAGUAUAGGUUCAGCCUGCCUGGCAGUGCCAGUGCUGCCCAGGGAAAAUGGUGGGUGAGGAAACGUAUUGGAGCCUACUUCCCCGCUGUGGAUCUGGCUGCUCUCAGGGGAUACUUUAAGUCCCGGAACUGGCCCCAUCCUGACCUUUGACCUACUGUAUGUCCAAUCACACUGAUGUACUCCAUGAGCGAUGGAUGCCUGAGACACCAAGGUAUCGCGCCCCCUUAUAAUUUGGGAUCAAAUACGCUAUGAAAGCAAACAUGUUGACAUGUGGUCGGUCAUUGGAGAACCCUGAUAUCGGGGAAUUUCUGCCACUCUGAAAAAAUGAUAUUCCAUUUUUUGUUCAUCUAUGUUGCCUUUCUCCAGCAUGUCAUGUUGCCAUCUACUGCAUGCACUAAAGAAUGACCAAUCCUUCCCGUGAAUAGGGACAUGCCACUGUGCCACAAUAGGAGAGUUGAGGGGAUGACACACCGUCCAUGUUGGGCUCACAUUGCAAGACAGACAGACUGUAUCAUCAUUGUGUCUUUUCAUAAUAAAAGGUAUAUUUUGGAACAAUG